AUGGUGGAUACCGGUGCCGAUAUUAGUAUUAUUUCGCAUGAGGAGUGGAUCCGCAUAGGAAGACCUCCAUUAAAGCCGACAAAGGUAAAGACUAAAACGGCAUCCGGAGACCCCUUAAAGCUUUUAGGCAAUUUUAUAUGUGAAGCCAAGAUUGUAGACCAGUGCCACCAGUGUGUUAUACACAUCGCAGAAGCUGAUUUGUUGCUGUUAGGUGCGGAUUUGAUGGACAUUUUUGGUCUCUGGGAUGUGCCAUUGUCAUCAAUCUGCCGGCGCUUUGCGAAUGCAGUAACGGAUGUUGAGAAGCUGAAAAAGGCAUAUCCUACGUUGUUUGCUGAUGGGUUGGGAUAUUGCAUGAAGACACAGGUGCAGCUAGUGUUAAAGGAAGGAGCCAUUCCGGUUUUUCGCCCAAAAAGGCCAGUGGCGUAUUCUAUGUUGCAAGCGGUUGAUGAUGAACUUCAGCGAUUGGAAAGAGAAGGUAUCGUUACACACGUAGAAUAUUCCGAAUGGGCCGCGCCGAUUGUGGUUGUGCGUAAGGCAAAUGGAAGUAUCCGUAUCUUUGGGGAUUAUUCCACCGGUUUAAAUAAUGCAUUGAUGGCUCACCAAUACCCAUUGCCUCUUCCUGAGGAUAUUUUUGCUAGCCUGCAAAGUUGUUGCGUAUUUAGUCAGAUCGACUUGUCCGAUGCUUUCCUCCAAGUUGAGGUUGAUGAGAAGUGUCGUGAAUUGCUGACGGUGAACACGCAUCGAGGCCUAUAUCCCAAGUAUAACAGGCUACCUCCGGGUAUCAAAGCUGCACCAGGAGCAUUCCAGCAGUUGAUGGAUACCAUGUUGGCUGGACUUGAAGGAGUUGCUGCGUAUUUAGACGACAUUGUGGUUGGAGGCAAAGACAACGCAGACCAUUCAAAGAACUUUCAAGCUGUCCUGGUUAGACUUCAGGAGUAUGGUUUUACCAUUCGGGCUGAGAAAUGUAGUUUCCAUAAGUCCCAAAUAAAAUAUUUAGGUCAUUUGCUUGAUGGAACAGGGUUGCGACCAGACCCAGAUAAAAUCUUGCCCAUCACAAAACUUCAACCUCCAACUGACGUCUCAGGAGUGAGAUCUUUCCUGGGAGCGAUCAAUUAUUAUGGCAAGUUUGUGCGGAACAUGCGAAUGUUAAGGCAGCCCCUAGAUGAUUUGCUUAAAGAGGGGAAUGUUUUUUUGCUGGACCCAGAAGUGUCAGCAUGCCUUUCUACAAUUUAA